UCCCCAUCCGGAAGUGUUACUCAAUUGGCUGAAGGACAACUGACGACUUCUGUGAAUACAACAUGAACGUUCUUGGCGUGAAGAAAAAUGUCUGCUGUGUUACCUGAUGUAGCUGAGCAGCUUUUCCGAGAUAUCCAUAACAUUUACCAGGAAACAUCUCAAAUUCCUGAUGACUUACUUAUUGCGCUAACGUUUGUUUUUGGGCAAUGUGCUGUACAAGCUUUGGAUCUGGUCGACCAGCACUCAGUCACAUGUUUGUCAUCGCCAAGUGGACGUAAAGCCUUCCAGGUCACAGGAGGCUCGGGACGUUUGUACACCUGCUUCGCGUCCUGCCACUACUGCCCCUGUCCAGCCUUCGCCUACAUGGUGCUUCGGAGGAACAAAGGCCUGCUGUGCAAGCACCUCCUGGCUGUGUAUCUGUGUGAGGCCAUGGGUGUGACUCACAUGCAAAGCGUGCCUGAUCAGCAGAUGACGGUGCUGCUCAGUGGGACUUCACCACCGUGACGCACACAUAUUCCUCUGUGACCCAGCAGGGAGGAUGUGGACACUGGAUGCUGCAGACUUAAGAAGCUUCCUCGCAGGUGGAAACAAAAGAGGCCAAUCAAGCAGAUUUGUUAGCCCAGCAGGAGUUCUGGGGACAAACGCCGUGUCCUUGUCGGCGCCGUCCCCUGAACAUCGCUGGAGCCUGUUUCCUGGGGUGACGUCAGGCAGCAAGCGCUUGCUAAUGAAUCAGACACAUGCGGACACACACGUAGCACCAACAACCACUUUCACACUAAUCCCAGUCCUGUGCUAAUGACCAACAAUAACGUUCGGGUUUGAAACCUACUUAUUAAGUACACACUUCAGCGGUUUAUGCGAGAUCACUGAUUGGUUCCAAAGAUUGGAUUUUUGAAAGGAGAAGUUUAAAGAUUAGCUCAUUGACAGAAAAUCAGUGAUCUAAUCAGGUGGCCCAGCUGUCCUGGUGCUAAUGACAGCCACUAGGGGGCGUAUUUGCAUGCCUCUGGGAAUUGCUGUAAUGCGAUUGGACGAAUCAAUUCAUCUGACAUGCAAUUUCUUUUCUCCGUUUUACAAAUGCAAUAACUAGAAAGCAAACAAGAUAACUCAUACGAUUAUUAGAUUUACAUGUCCGUAAGGGGAAAUCUAUUCCAAUGAAUGUGCAGCUUCAAUAUUAACUACUCACAAAAAGCUAAAAUGCAUUAAAGCAGUGGUUCUUAACCUGGGUUCGAUCGAACCCUAGGGGUUCGGUGAGUCAGGCUCAGGGGUUCGGCGGAGGUCAAGACACACCCGACUCAUCGUGUAAAUAAAAACUUCUCCCUAUCUGCGUAUUACGGAUACGGCAACAGCAGAAGUCACACUGAUUUGCAGGUGUGUAAUUUGUUGUGAGUUUAUGCACUGUGUUGGUUUUGUUGUUUGAACAAGGUGAUGUUCAUGCAAGGUUCAUUUUGUGCACCAGUAAAAAAACAUGGUAACACUUUAGUAUGGGGAACAUAUUCACUAUUAAUUAGUUGCUUAUUAACAUGCAAAUUAGUAACAUAUUGGCUCUUAACUAGUCAUUAUUAAGUACUUAUUAAUGUCUUAUUCGGCAUGGCCUAAUUAUAACCCUAACCCUCUAACCCUGACCAAAAAACUCUAAAUUAAGUCUUUGUUACUUAGAAUAUGUUCCCCAUACUAAAGUGUUACCAAAAACAUAUAACUUUGUCUUGAAUUUGAAAAAAACUAAACAUUUUAUUUUUCACUAAAGAAGGGUUCUGUGAAUGCGCAUAUGAAACUGGUGGGGUUCGGUACCUCCAACAAGGUUAAGAACCACUGCAUUAAAGCCUUUACAGGUCGACUUCUUUAACUUUCCCUAAACUUUGACAUCUUCAAUGUUUCACUAAAACAACCAACGGUGGCCUAGACUUUUGCACAGUGUGAUUAAAAGAAACACCAGAUAAAGCAAAAUUGUGAAAAAAGUGUUCAAAGAAGCAGUAAAUAAAGUUUAGCUUUUAGACAAGCUUUCAAUCAUUAGCCCAGUUUAGCACCACUCCAGCAUUAUUCUUGUCGUAAAUGAGCCCAAUUGGGACUCCCGGGACAUUUGUGGCGUGUGAACUCUGCCCUGUGGCCAUCAGCAACAACACAGCCACCACCUCAGGGCCAAUGAAUUAUAGACCACACUGCUGCUCAUGUUGAGCCUCACACCUGUUCUUCUCCAGCUUUGCUCGCUAAGUAAAGCUUAAACAUUAAACCCGCCAUCACCCCAACCCCCCGACCCCGGCUUGCUGUUUUAAGAGUCAAAUAGUAGCUGUCCAGUCAGGUUGGUGACUGGAUUAGUUGUGGCAUGACGACAGCACACUGGCAUCCUUUUUUUUUUGUACUAAACAUACAACAUACAUCUCCACCCUGAGGCCAAGAACAUUUGUCAAUUCUCACAGACUAGCCCAAUAUUUUAUUUGGUUUGACUUUCUGCAGCUUCUACAACAUGGACAAGCUCACUUGGCCUUCAUGCUAACAGACAUGACACAAUGACGAGCACUGGGAUGUCUGUACCAACGCCAACAUGUGGUGUGGUGUCAGAAAAAGAUCAUAGUAAAUGCAACACAGUAAAGUUUCACGUUUUGACUCAUUUUCACCAUAGGUGUACUCAUUCUUGUAUAUGAAUACAGUGGAACUCGCUUAAGUCGACAACCCGUUUAUGUCACCCAACUAGGGACGUAAUGAUCAGAAGUAUUAUUGAUAACUGCGGAUAGUUUUACCGCUUUAAAUUAAAAUUAUCGAAAAGCUGUGAUUGAUAACUGCACUUUGAUAAAGUCACGAACUGACUAGCGCUAGCUUAAAUGCUAACAUGAAAACAAGAAACAUUAGCGUCUUUCCCCAUUAAGAAACGACAUACCCCAACUUAUGUAAACACAUUACUUUCUGAGCAACUAAGAUAUUUAAUCGUGCACAUUAAACCUACAAGCUGUGCUCUCUUAGCACGGAGUGAUAAUCUAAUACUCGGAGGAAUGUGACAAGUUGUUUUUAUGGUGCAUUCAAGGGCCGCUGAAUAGAGUUGGACACCAGAACGCGAAGCAUAUGAAACACAAAACAUGCAAAAAUAAUGGGCUUUCCCACAGUGGGUGUAAUUAUUUUAGUUAUUUAAAAAAAUCUAAAGAUUUCAGUUUGUGUACGAGUAUUUUGUGAACACAUUUAACAAUAGGAGGGUAGCACAUGACGUCACAUCCGGUUUUCUUCUUCGCAGCUUAACUCACACGAUGGUCAAGCAGAUUGAGCAUAGCAUUAAAACAAGUGAGAGGGAGUGUAGAGUUUGAGCAGAAAAUGCUGUAUUGCUGUUCUGUUCUUGGGUGUUCCAGUUGUUCAUAUAGAGAGAUAGGAAAGAGGAGUGGCUCAUAAAGGUAGUAAAGUCAGGAAAAAACAAAAGUGUAUCGAAGGAAAUGGCUCCUAAAAUAUCACUUUCAUCAUCUUGUGGAAUACAAUCGGACAUGCUCGUGUCUACAGUGAUUACUUUGUUAAAUGUUUGUUUGAACAUUUGUUUGAGAAACUCUCUGUGAUGCAAUCGAGUUUAUUCUCUACGAUAUUCGUAGUGUUUGAGAGCAGAACUAAACAUCAAGAAAGGACAAUAGAUAACAUUAGUUUGUGUUCUUUUGUGGUCGCUAUGUCUAAAUCCAUCCUUAGUAGUAAUAAUAAACUAGAUGAAUAAAUCUCUCAUACGUUCAACAGCAUAAACUAUAUCUUGAUAUCGCUAGUAAAGAUUCAUGCUGAACAACAGGGACAUCUAUAGCUAAAUAAUGAGACAAAAUAUACUUCACACCAUAAAAAACUGCAGACAUGAAUUGUAGAUGAGACUAAUAUUUGUAGCAGGAAAUCAACUGCAAACAAACUUAAACUUGUUCUUAUUAGCGUCAGGAUCACAACAACAUGGCACUCGUUAUGUCAAUCAAAUGCGUUAAUUAACGAUGCACGAAUCAGUCCAACUUUGUCUUUCAUUAAUUUUUACUUAGUUUGUGGACCCCUAGGAUGUAAAGACAUAAUGUGCCUCCAAUAUUUUCUUCUCUAAAUACCGUGAGUGUCAAAUGGAGUGAGGUCGUAGAGAGCAGUGAUGAUAAAUGGUUUAAAUGAUUAAAAAAAACAUUUUUUUUAAGAGUGUAUAAAUUCACUCCUUACUUAAAAAAAAAAAAAAAAAUUCAUGAUCACUUUUAUAAUUGCCUCUAAACAUUUCAAAAUACACCCAAAUCUGCACUGAUGCAGAUAAAUAAACAGGAGCCUAACGGGACUCUAUUGCAUCGCUUGAAACCCAGAAGUGCCUGAAUGUGCCUCUAGGUCACCUGAUUGUAACCCAACUAUUGACUAAAUGUGAUUUGUGCAUGUUAUAAAACUAUUGUCCACAGCUCUAUGAUACACUAGUAUUCACAUGCAAUAUUAUUUACCUUACUGUCAAUAUUCUGAUGAUGUUGUGUAUUAGCACUUACACUGUAAUAGCAUCUUAUUAACUUUUACUUAAUCUCCUGCUUUGGUGCUUGUGGGCUUUGUUUACAUUGUUUUGAAUGAAACAAUUUGCAUUGUUUUUGUAGGAUGUCCUCUCUUCUAUGUACGUUUAUAUACUAUACGUAUGAUUACAUUUCUACAUGUUUGCACAAUCAAUGCUCAAUUUUUUAAAAGAAAACUAUAUGGUUAUGGUAGUCAAAAAAGAAAAUGCCGCAGUGUGUACAAAUGGAGGAAAACCAUGUCAACAAAUGGCGUUAAAAAAUACUCUAUUUUCACCCAUUUGUAUGUCUCUAAAAGUGCAAGCAAUCUCAAGUUUUGGAUUGAUCAUCGUCUGCGUAUGUCGACGUGAGUCAGCCAGUCUUAGGGGCGUCGACGUAAAAGCAGUUCUAGUGUAUUCAGAAAUUAUUCAGCUUUCAUGCUUCAGUGGUCAUCUGGAAUAGACCAAGGAGAAAAGUCAACAUGAAAUAAUGUUUGUGCACACUUUAGUACAGGAAGUGGAUGAUGUGCUGCUGUACUACUUCUGAUACUAGAGGUGGGGGAAAUAAUUGAUUAUAAAAUCGACGAGUAAACGUCAAUAAUCGAUUUAUUUAUUGUAAUUAAAGUAAUGCAGACAGUUCUAAAAUUAGGCUGACUGCAGUGAGCCACCUCCCUGAGAGAUCUGACCAGCUCCUUUAUUAUAGGGCACUUAUGUCACAGUUUUGCACUCAUUUCCAUUCAUUUAAUAAAUGUGAUGGGAAGUGCACUGUUUUUAAAAGUUGCAAGUGAUAAUUGCUAAUUUAGUGAAACGAAAAGAAAUGUAAAACUGCAUUAAUAUAUACAAAUUAAAGAUGCAUCAAUAAUUGAUUUUUAAUCCAAUCGUAGCUCCUGAAUACUAAUCGUAAUGGAAUCGUGAGGUGACCAAAGACUCCCACCUCUACCUAAUACUACUACACCUGUAUACAUUUAUGUGACAAGUCCGUUCUCCUGAUGACUACUUUGAUAAUGCACCCUCAGUAUCACUUUUGCACAUCAGUCUUAACAAAUACUAAGUGAACUAUGAAGAACUUCUUAAAAAGAGUGAAGUAGAAAUACUACAACAUUGUAAAACCCACAUCAGAGAGUGUUGUGCCUUCCACGGUGGUCCAAGAGGAACCCGAGACAGAGACAUCUCACAAUUGUCUCUUAUUAU